AUGUCUAGAAGCAAGCAUGAAAGCAGCGGCGAUGUAGCUGGAGGCCGGAGCCGAGCCGAGCCUCUGCAGCUGCCGCCGCGGCCCCGCCGCCCGCCGCGGGCGCCCACCAAGCACUUUGCAGACUCGCUUCCACCCUGCGGGCCAGUCCGCGCGGCGGGGCCCGGGCUCAGGGCGGCCACGUCCGGGGACAGGCCAUGCAGUGAAGGCCCCCGACCCCGUCCACCUUUGCCUGGAGCCGCGGGCAGCAGCCCAGUACGUCCAGCCGACCCCGGGGCAGGAGCGGCGCUGGGGGCGGGGGAGGGUGGCCCAGCCCGGGGACCGGGAGCCGGGCUCCGAGCUGAAGGCAGGGGAAGCGGCGCCGAAGUUUUCCUGGGACUCACCGGGCGCUGCGGCAGCACUGUUGCUGCCGCCGCCGCCGCUGCUUCUUUGCACAUUCAAGUGGAAAAUUUUCAGGAACUCUCCCUGGAAAACUUCCCUUCGGUUUAUUUUCUUGCAAAGGCUCCAGGCUUCGGCUUGGAAAAUUCAACCGCCACGAUUGAGCCGAGCAGCUGGAGCGGCAGUGAGAGCCCUGCCGAAAACCUGGAAGGGAUGAGCGACUGUGCAGGUCAGCCCAGUGACAGUGAUGCAGAAGGGGUCUGGAGCCCCGACAUUGAGCAGAGCUUUCAGGAAGCCUUGGCUAUCUGUCCACCAUGUGGGAGGAGGAAAAUCAUCUUAUCAGAUGAAGGCAAGAUGUAUGGUAGGAAUGAAUUGAUAGCCAGAUACAUCGGACUCAGGACCGGGAAGACGAGGACCAGAAAACAGGUGUUUAGUCAUAUACACGUCUUAGCAAGAAAGAAAGUUCGAGAAAUUCAAGCCGCCGUUAAGGUGUCUAGUCACAUUCAGGUUCUUGCCAGAAGGAAAUCUUGUGAUUUUCAUUCCAAGCUCAAGGAUCAGACUGCAAAGGAUAAGGCCCCGCAGCACAUGGCCGCCAUGUCGUCAGCCCAGAUCGAAUCAGCCACUGCCAUUCACAGCAAGCUGGGGCUGCCAGGGAUUCCACGCCCCACCUUCCCAGGGGCGCCGGGGUUCUGGCCGGGAAUGAUACAGACAAGACAGCCUGGAUCCUCACAAGACGUCAAGCCCUUCGUGCAGCAGGCCUACCCCAUCCAGCCAGCGGUCACAGCCCCCAUUCCAGGGUUUGAGCCUGCGUCAGCCCCAGCUCCCUCGGUCCCGGCCUGGCAGGGCCGCUCCAUUGGCACAACCAAACUCCGCCUGGUGGAGUUCUCAGCGUUCCUCGAACAGCGGCGAGACCCAGACUGGUACAACAAACACCUCUUCGUGCACAUUGGGCAUGCCAACCAUUAUUACAGUGACCCAUUGCUCGAAUCAGUGGACGUUCGUCAGAUUUAUGACAAAUUUCCUGAAAAGAAAGCUGGCUUAAAGGAAUUGUUUGGAAAGGGCCCUCAAAAUGCUUUCUUCCUCGUAAAAUUCUGGGCUGAUUUAAACUGCAGUAUUCAAGAUGAUGUCGGGGCUUUUUAUGGCGUGACCAGUCAGUAUGAGAGUUCUGAGAAUAUGACAGUCACCUGUUCCACCAAAGUUUGCUCCAUUGGGAAGCAAGCAGUAGAAAAAGUAGAGACGGAAUAUGCAAGGUUUGAGAAUGGCCGAUUUGUAUACCGAAUAAACCGGUCCCCGACGUGUGAAUAUAUGAUCAAUUUCAUCCACAAGCUCAAACACUUACCAGAGAAAUAUAUGAUGAACAGUGUUUUGGAAAACUUCACAAUUUUAUUGGUGGUAACAAACAGGGAUACACAAGAAACUCUCCUGUGCAUGGCCUGUGUAUUUGAAGUUUCAAAUAGUGAACAUGGAGCACAGCAUCAUAUUUACAGGCUUGUAAAGGACUAA